CUAUAUAUUCAACUGACGCGAUACAGCCUGUAGUCAGUUCAACUCGCCAGCUUGUACAGGCGGGAGCAACCAACAGGGGAAUCAGCAGAUGUCUGGCCAGUAGAAUAGAAGGUCUAAAGCGAUGUCUGUGUAUCCCCGUGGCUUCGCUAUACAGUGAAGGGAAACGGAAGGUGAGCGUAUCGUGUGUCCACGAUUAGUAUGCAGUUUACACAGGCGAAGGGCUGGCCUGUUGCUGUGAGUACAUCCAGGCAGCUAACUUCAUAAGAGAAGAUUUGCUAGAGGAUACGAGAGUUUGUGAACUCGGUCGUGAUGUGCGAAAAAAACGUCGAGACAGAGCUGAGAACGUUGAAGAGUUGGUAAGAGCCGGGGAAGACAAGCGAAGUGAACCAGCUAAGUAUGUUUUCACCGAGCGCGGCAACUAGCUGCAAGAUUCACGGGGGAUUCACGUAAGGGAUAGAGUGCAAACAGAGCCAGAACCUCUGGUCCGUCCCUGAGCUGGACAUCAACAAACCGAGAAAGUGUAGCUAACGGGUCGCGUUUAUCGGCCUACUAGCGUCCACCCGUAUGAUGUCCCUGGUUAGAUUAGGAUUCUACUAUGGCUACGUUCUCCAGUGUUUCUUACUGAUUAUUUUUCAGAAAGGCCUCCUCGCCAAAGAGGCGGCACGGCAACCCUGUAACGUCACCAAGGUAAAGUGCGCGAGAAGAGUUGGCUGUGGCAUGGCUUUACAUAACUUUAACCUCGGUUGUAAUUCCGUCAUGGACGGUAAAGAAGGCGGGUGUACCAAGCAGUGCAAGUCCGCACUCAUCUCACUUCUGUCGACCGAGGACAAGCAGGGUUUCGCCUUCAUCAACUGUGACUGUCAGGGAAACAAGCACUGCAUGGCUCCCAAAAGCCGCGUGGAGGUUUGUGCCAAGGAUGUACUAAGCGCAAUGGAGAGCAUAGACGACGACAAAACUCAACUCAGUUGUGAACUGGCUCAGUGGAUCUGCGAAGCUGACACUACGUGUUUUGCUGCCUGGAACUUUUACCGUGAACAUUGCUCAGAGUUCUUCUUGGGCACGCCAAACCACUGCUCGCCCCGCUGUAACAACAGUUUGACCAUUCUUUACCGUCAGCCUCGUGCCAAAAAGCUGAGAAACUGUCGAUGUGACGAUCCAGCCACGGGUUCCAUAUGUCAGAAGAUCAAAGACAAUACAGAAAGACUAUGUUUUAAUAAAUAUCCCCUUCAAAGACCGGCCAGUGACCAGCCAGGGGAGCCUUUGGAGAAUAAAGGCCAGGGGUACAACUACGAGCAGAAGAACCAAAGUCAGUACAACACGGCAAUGGUUCCUGCCUUCAGUGUUCCUUCAUUGCUUGUAACGUUUGCUAUAUGCUUGCUACUUUGCAGGUCAUCUCUACAAUAGUUUACUGCUUUUAGCCAUCACGUUGAUUUAUAUGGGGUGGAUUCAGUCAGGAUCCCUACAUUUCAUAAGCUACGGAUUGCUCAGUGAGUGGCUUGGAUGCAGCUGUGCUGCGUAUCAAGUUUGUAACAGAGUCAUAAGAUGUGAACCCCUCUCUACGCGAGCCGUUAUUGCCCGUUACUGCCGAUGACGUUUAAAGAAAAGUGACCUCUUGGCUCUCUCCAUCCGUCUAACACCCGAACAGGCCUCCCCUACAAAGCUGCUGGGGGAACUGCUGGCAAUCUAGACUUGUAUUUGUCAUUAUAUUAUCGUAGACUCUCCCUUGUUCCAAUGGGCGGACUCGACACAUAUCUACACGGAUUCACGAAGGCUCAAUUUCUACAUGUUUAUUAUAUUCCCGGUUCAGAAAAUGAGAAGCGUCUUGGACUAUAUUACUUGUAUGUGUAUUUG